AUGCCACUCCCAGACCUAGCAAAAGUGGUGAUCUCGCGGAACAGAUUUCCAAGUGUCCGCCGGGGAAGUGGUUUUGGCUUCACACAGUGGAUUGAAUUGGCGUGGCAGCUAGACCACGAGGGGUUACGAUUUCAUCGCCCACCCCGUGCGAUUGGCCCAAUUGACCUAAAAUGUGAUAUUGAUAUUUGGGUUCAGGACCUCGUGGGAAGUUGGGCAGCGCAUCCGGCUCGCGGGGAUUAUGUCUCGGGCUGCAUCGUCAGACGAACGGGUCCCUUACGGCUCGUCCAAGUUGCGGUUUGCUGUCUCAUCUACCAUGCCAACGCCCUACCCGGGGCGACGUUCAAUGUCCCCCGCGAUGCCCAAUCAGAAGUCGUGUUCGCCCAAUUCCGUGUCACUCGAACCGCACUGCUGGGUAGUCGCGCAUGGCUCCGUGAUCCACCCAGCCCUUGCCCCCGUGAGGUGAUGAAAUCCAGAGGCAGGAUCCAGUCGGGAUGGUGGCGCUUCAGACAUGAUUUCAAAGCAUUCAAUCACAAUUGA